CAAAGGGCAGUUAAAUAAUCGGAAAAUGGACAAAGAGUUUUUGUUGUACGAUUGCCGUUGACUCCAACACUUUGGGACGUCAUAAACUGAACGCUUUUGGAACACUUUUUGGUUGCACGCUUUCUGUGACAUUCCGCAGCAGCAGCAGCAGCAGCAAGCAGAGAGUUGCUCAUUACAAAUAGCCUCAUUCAAAACAUUUCAUACAUUGCAUUGCAAUGCAUUGAACCUCGCACCAAUGCAUUUCCUGUCCACACUCCUCUUGGCGUCAAUACCCACUGCGAUCGCAUUGACCUCGUCCCCACUACCAUGGUCACCCUGCUCCGCGGAUGGAGACGCACAACUCAAGAUUUCAAAUGUGCAAGCGACCUAUGAUUCCGAGACGAGGUUAAUUGACGUAUAUGGGGAAGGAACGACACAGAAAGCACUCACGAAUGGGACUGUAAAAACGAAUUUGGCGGUUAUUGGGUUCGAGUAUUGGGAGAAUAAGGAGGAUAUUUGCAAUUCCGUUCAAUGCCCUGUUGCCGCGGGCAAAUUCAUUUUCAACAAAAACAUAUCCCUUCCAGCAAAUGUGCCAUUGCUGGACUGGAAGCCCCGUAUCAUAUUCCAAGAUGCGACAUCGGAUGAAAUCCAGCUGGGCUGCAUCAGCAUUCACCUUGGCCUUAGCUACUCGGUCAUCAAUUACGUCGGAACUUGGGGAUCCGUCUUCACCGCAGUAGCAGCAGGGGUAACGACGACAAUCGCUCGAUUGAUGAGAUUUGGUUACCAUCCUACGAUAUAUGAUCUCUCCUCGGGGUGGGCACCCACUGCUCGUUUGCUGCCAUCGCGUAUUGGUCCCGGCUUUAUGGAUGUAGCGCUUUUGGCUCAGUUCGCAGCAGCAUCUGGGCAAUUGAACUUUGAUUACCCUAUUAUCUACCAGGACUUCGUUAGCCGGCUUGCCUGGGCAACUGGGACAUGGAACGUGGGUUUUAUUACUUCCAUUGCCAACAAUAUUCGAGGAGGUGGAGUGGAGACUCUACGCCAAGAGACGGAAGAUAUCAAGGCACGCACUGGAGACGUCAGGUUGAACAGGCGGCAGACGCAACCGGCCAAUGGGACCAGUACACCGACGCCGGUGGCCAAGCCAAAGAUUGCUCCAACGAACGGCAUAAAGCCGGAUGGCUUUGUGACAGGGUAUGAUCGCUAUGCGGCAAUGCUGGGAUUACAUCCGAAAGAUAUCUUCCUGCAUACCUUGAUACCAUUUGUGCUGGUGGUGUUGAUCGCAUUUGUAUCCUGUACAUGUCUUGCUGUGGCAAGAGCAGUGGUACGUUCUCGUCACCACCUCUCACAAACGGAUGCUUUCUCGCAUGAUGACCAACAUCACCACAUCCGUCACUAUCUUGGUGGAUGGCUUGUUCGCAUAUUGAUUCUUUUUUAUUUCGGCCUGACGUCAACGAGUUUACACCAACUUACACUGUCCGGUGAACCGUCUAUUGUAUACACCCUUGCUGGACUGGUGUUUGCUACCUUGGGUGUCAUCGUACCUAUAACCAUGACUCUCCGCCUCAUUGCCAUUGCACGAAUGAAUAGGAGGUUGGACGACGAAGAUCCAGAAAUUGCAGACCAAGUUUAUGCUCGCAGUAUUCGAGACAACAUUGGAAGUUUUACAAAGGAGUCAGUACCUGUGGUAGGAAGUGGAGCGUCCAUAAGAUCCUACUCGGAAGAUACCGUUGUGGCGAAAGAAGCCGCCCAAGUGUAUACUCGCAUGAGAGCACUAUCUGUAUCCACUGCGGGUACGAAACCUGGACCCGAGUCAGCGUCGAGUAUAAUAGCACCCAGAUUGCGAGCAUUCUCCGUCUCUUCGAAACGCUCAAACCAAACCGCUGCUACCUCCGCAUCUCGUUCAGCUUCUUGGCCACUUCCCCCUCUAUACCUUUCGCAAAAGUUUAUGCUCCUCUAUGGCCCUUUCUUCAACCAAUAUGAUCCGACUCACUAUAUCUCACAUGCCGAGUUUUUGAUAGCUCUGACCUGGUGGUUACGGGUGGCACCCGCCUUUUCGGUGGGAAUUCUCGGCAAACUGAUACCACCUUAUCUCCAGUUUGCGAUCAUGAUUAGCGGAGAUGCAGCGUUAUUUGCGUACUUGAUAUGGAAGAAUCCUUUUGUCGGAAAACCGGCGAAUCGUUGGCAGCUCUUCUUGGUGUUUUGCCGGAGCGGCAUAUUUUUCUUUCUCUUUGUUUCCUUUUUGUUUAGAAACGCCUGGCAUAUUGACUGGAUUGCCCAAUUGAUCUCAUACAUUCAGAUUCUGUCCAUAAUCGGCAUACAUCUUCUUUUCCUCACAGCUGCCGGUCUCAAAUUCGUCUUUGCAGCACUGAAAGGUUUCAAGCGUAAGGAAGGACCUCCAAUUGCUCUUGCAACGGAUCCGGUCAAUGUAAGAGUGGAGGACGAUAAAUCGGAAUCGUCCCAGCCAAGUUUACCUCGUGAGCCGAUGGCAGGUCGGAGAAUGGGACGCAGCCGAGUUGGUACGGUACAGCGAGUACUGGAAACGCCCAAGCUGGUUAGCUCCCCCGGCACGAUCCAGGAUGACGAUGCAGAAUACUUUGGUGUAAUUAAACCCAAGAAGAGUGAAAUGAGAAGUGCGGGUCAGCCUAUUACUAACAAACGCGACGAGAAACCUUCUGAAUCAAAUGCAAUUGUUGAACAACGGGAUGCAAAAACGGUUAUCGAAGACGGGAAUCCUUAUUUAGAUGUAUAAGUUCUUUCGAAUCUUCUGACUUGUGUAUAUUAUUAGGUAAAUUAGAUAUCAUAUUUUAGGACAGUAGAAGACAUGUAAUAAAGCGAUAGAGAUUAUAUGUAUUCACGAGAUUGUGGAAUAAUUAUAGGUAUGCCUUAUCCAAAUAUAAUAUUAUGUUAAAAUCUGGC